UGAGUUUCCUCCCUCAGCAGCACUAUAGGGUUCCGGUUCUUUGAAAGAGGUCGAGUUUUUCCUCCCUCACGGUGGCUGUAGCAUCGGAGCUAUUAUAUGUCAGUAGUGUGGAAAAACUAACACCACUACAAGCUUCCUCAGGCGACGGCGACAAAACCCCAGUAAGCAGCUCCGAGAAAAACCUCUCCACGCGCCUCCACGUGCCACCAACAGUUCUGACUCCGGCGCACAUGAAUCUCACGUGCCGGCGAGAAGACAACUUUCCGGCGACUUUUUCUAGAAUUUUUUUGCUCCUUUCAGAUCGCCAGAGGAUUCCGAGCCUACCCCAGUUCCAAAAUCUUUUUUCUCACCGGAGAUAGGGUUUCAGCUUCUCAGAUCUUGUUUUCCAGCGAAGGUUGCUUUUUUUUUUCUCUCAUCCUUGGAGUUCAGGUUUGAUAAUUUGGUAGGUGUGAUUAUUUUCCUUUUUUGGCUUCUGGUUUGCUACUUGUGAAAUAAUGGGGUACACCAAAUCUACAGAUAAUUCUCUUUCACAAAUGGUUUAUUCCGUUUCACCAGUUAGCGCAGUUAAAUUGGAUGGGGCUGGUACAUACCUUGCUUGGCCAAGAUCAUGUUUGCUUUUUAUUAAGUCCAGAAAGUUGCUUAGUUAUAUUACGGGAGAAAAGAAAGCACCUGUUGUGACUGAUGCUAGCUAUAGUCAACGGGAUUCAGAUAAUUCCCUAGUUAUGACAUGGCUUUUGAAUACUAUGCACCCUCGAAUUUCUGAACAGUAUUUAUUGCUUGAUACUGCUGAAAAGAUCUGGAAUUCCACUAAGCGCACUUACUCUCGUAAGGGAAAUGAUGCUCAGGUCUUUGAAAAUUCAAAAUAAGAUUCAUGCCACCAAGCAAGGUGAGUUGACUAUCACUGACUAAUAUUACGAGUUAAUUGGGUUAUGGCAGGAAAUUGACUACUAUCAGGAUCUCCAAGCGAAGUGUACCGAUGAUGCAGUUCUAUUUCAAAAAUUGGUUGAAAAGGAAAGUAUACAUGAUUUUUUGGCCGGUUUGAACCCAGAGUACGAUCAGAUCUGGGUUCAAGUUCUUGGUAAAGUUCUUUUUCCUUCUCUUGAGGAUGCAUACUCUUAUGUUCAACAGGAAGAGAGCCAACGAGGAGUCAUGCUUUAUUCGGCACCAACCGAGAAGUCUGGGUUAACCGUGUCUCAUGAGCAAACAAAGGUGUUCACUUCUGAUAAAGAUCACUUGCACUGUGAUUACUGUGGAAAGUCAAGACAUACAAAAGAGACAUGCUGGAAACUGCAUGGUAGACCAACUAGAGGUUGUGGAGGCAAGCGUGUCGGUCUAUCAAGGGGUCAAGCUAAUAUUGCAGGAAAUGUGGAAACAUUCAGAGAAAAUGCUUCGGGAGAAACUUUCUCUUCAGAGGAAGUUCAGCAACUUCGCCGUCUCCUGAACAAACUUGACACUUCUAAUGUUGGGACUUCCAAUUAUGUGCAGUCAGGAUCUUCAAACAAGGAAGAGGAUUGGCAGUGGUAGAUUGCAUGAUGACUUAUAUUAGAUUGAUGGAACUCGAGCAUUUGGUCAAGCCUUUUUUGGAGGAAAUAAGAACGUCAACCAAGAAAUAAUACAGUGGCAUAGACGGAUGGCUUGGGUAUAUUUGUUAAAGGCAAAAAAUGAAGCCACUAAGACCGGAGAAUGUGAAAUUGAAGAAAGAAUUCAGGGGGAGACUAUUGGGCAUUUGGAUAAACCUGAUUUGAUAACUUAUUCAAGAAAAAAGAGAGCUGAAGAAGUCAUCAUGCAAUCUGCUGAAGCUCAACCCUCUUUUGCUGUUGAAACCUCUUCUACG